AUGGAGAUUAAGAUACGACGAAGACGAGGGCAAAUAGCGGAAACAACAGUGAAAAAGGAGGUAGAAGAGGAGGAGCAACCGCUUAGUCCGGCGGCGCGUCUAUUUCACGCACCGGAGUUUAACUGCUACAUCAUUUCGGUGGUUGGUUUAAAGAACAAGAUCGAACCUGAUAUGAUUAUCGAAGGAAUUAAGCAAACUUUGAUGAGACAUCCUCGUUUCUCCAGUAAAUUGGUGAACAAUUGUAACAACAAUAGACAGGAACAAAAAUGGGUUCGAACAAACGUGGUGGUCGAGGAUCACGUCAUCAUUCCAAAAAUCCAAACACAACACAUAGAGAACGCAAACGCAGACGUUUUUCUUGAGAGUUACGUCUCCGACCUCACUACGAUCCCGUUAGACACCUCCAAGCCGUUAUGGGAAGUUCAUUUACUCGACUUGAAAACCUCGGACGCUGAAAACGUCGCGGUUUUAAGGAUCCAUCACUCGUUAGGCGACGGUAUGUCUAUGAUGUCUCUAGUCCUCGCGUGCACCCGUAAAACAUCAAACCCCAAUGAGCUCCCGAGUCUACCAUACCAGAACCGGCCGUCUUCUGGAUCAUCCUCGUUAAAAACCAGUUCAAGAUGUUAUUCCCGGUUCUUUUGGCUAGUUAUGGUUCUAUGGUCGGCAGCUUUGUUGGUUUUGAAUACGGUUUGUGAUGCUUUGGAGUUUAUUGCUACGGCAUUGUUCCUUAAGGAUACUGAAACACCAAUCAAAGGCGAUUUCAAGUUAAGCAAGGGUAAACGGAUGUGUAUGGUUCAUCGUACCGUAAGUCUUGAUGACAUAAAGCUAAUCAAGAACGCCAUGAAAAUGACUGUCAACGAUGUUGUACUUGGAGUAUCACAGGCUGGUCUCUCGCAGUAUUUGAAGAGAAGAUACGGAGAACAAGAAGAGUCUAAGAGGAAUUCAAGUAACAUACCUAAAGGAAUAAGGCUAAGGGCAGCUCUGCUUGUAAACCUAAGACCGACUACUGGAAUCCAGGAUCUAGCUGAUAUGAUGACUAAAGGAUCAAAGUGUAGAUGGGGAAAUUGGAUCGGCUACAUUAUCUUUCCGUUCUCUAUCGCAUUAUGCGAUGAUCCGUUGAAACAUCUCCGAAGAGCCAAGUCGACCAUCGACAGGAAGAAGAACUCGUUAGAAGCUGUUCUUACAUUCGUGGUUGGGAAAAUACUUCUCAACACGCUUGGAGUUCAGAGGGCAGCAAAUGUACUAAACAGAGCAUUGUCAAACACAACGAUGUCGUUUUCAAAUUUGGUUGGUCCUGUUGAAGAAAUUAGCUUCUAUGGACAUACCGUUACUUACAUAGCCCCAAGUGUUUAUGGUCAUCCCCAUGCGUUGACGAUGCAUUUUCAAAGUUAUAUGAACAAGUUGACGAUUUCCUUAACCGUCGAUCCAACGGUCAUUAGUGAUCCUCAUAAACUAUGUGAUGAUUGGGAGGAAUCUCUAAGAAGCAUCAAAGUUGUUGUUCAAGAAAGAACUUCUACUCAGUAGAUUUAGCUUUUUUUUUUCCUUUCUUUUUCUUGAUUUAGAGAAAAAAAAUUAUCAAAAAAAAAUAAAUGAAAACUUGAAAACAGACAAAUUUGAUACCAUAUUUCUAGGAUUUCACAAUUUCAUCUUCCAUUUGUAUUCUCAUCUUUGACUAAAUACGAAAUGAAUGUGUUUUCAUC